UCAAUUAAUCUCUCGCUCUCUCUCUCUCUAUCUCUCUCACUUUCUUACCCACCCUUGAAACCCCAACUAAGCGCUCGUCGACAGCCUUCUCUUUCCUGCCGUCCCCGCUUCAAAUUGUCUCACGUCGCGGGGUUUGGCCUACCGCGGGCUGGCUUAGGUUUCUUUUACUAUAACGCGCAGCUCGAUUAGAGUACUUCUUUUCCAACCACCACCCCGAGGUCUCCUCCUCAAUCCUCCAACAGACAACGAUCCAUGAAGUCCCUGCUCACCAGUAACGUCACCAUGAUCUCCAACGAGCGCAACGCGACUUCUCAAUCAACAACCAGCGAGGAAUCCGUACCGCUCGCGAAACGUCGUCGUAUCGAGGUGCCAACUAAAGCUGAGUCCGAAAAUGACAUGCACUUGUCCACGCCACUGUCCCAGGGCUACAACAUGGACAAUGCGCCUCAGCUACACGGAGCCGGAGUUCACGCUCAUCACCAAGCGAUGUCAUCCGAUUCCGACUAUCCUAAAGCAAAAGAGGAAUCCAAGCAAGACUUCGCGCUCGAUAUGCUUCAAAGCCCCAAUAUAAUCAUCACCAUCGAGUGUGGAGUCGACCUUGAAACGCACUACCAUAUUCCCCUGUUCGUCCUUUCCGCCGAAAGCCAGAAACAAAUUGAGAUCUUCUGCCAAGCUGAAGGACUACGCAAGGGCUAUGUGGGUGUCAAGGCACUGCGAAAGCGUGUGAAGGCCCUGUAUCCCCUGCUGGAACUUCAUGCGCCACACAUCAGACACACGGACAGAUGUCGGGAGAAGGCCAUGGCGCUCAUCCUGGAAGCUCUUAAUGACUUCCCCAUUCCAAUGUACCAAGCCGGCGUUGCAAAGAGACUCGCUGAAGCAACGAAUUCUGUGUUCUGCAAGAAUGACCUCUGGACCAAGCCCCCCGGCAAGAAGCUCGAUAAGGGACUUCAUCCCAUGAACGACAUUAAGGGUCGCCUCCACCACCUCCAAGACAUCGCCGUCUACACUGUACUCGAGCGCCUGGACGUGUACCUCCAUGAUCUCAAAGGCUUAGAGAAGGAAGAAGCCUCUAAGAGCGCCGUCAAAGCCGCCGCUCAGCAACGCAUCAUCCUCCCAUCCGAAGAUCCUGCAACGGUGGAAGUCCUGGUUGAGUGGCUCUACAAGUCUAAGUCCACCCUUACCUUCACAUCCGUCACGCACCUCUACGCCAUCCACUCUCUAGCCGACAAACUAGGCAUCACCCAUCUCGCAGCCGAGUGCAUGGCCCUCCUGACCUCCGCGACCAGCCGCAUCCUCCGUCGAGCGAAAAGCGAGGGCGUGACGCUCAAAGACCUGCUAGACGUGUGCACGCGAGGCUCCGCACACCAGCAAUCCCACGACCGCGAGCCAGACGCACACUCGGACACAGACCUGCUCUCCUCCCCCCGCGUAGUCGGCGAAGUCUUCAAAAUAGCCCUGCGGACCCCUGACCCCCCGCUCGUGCUGCAGGAUCUCGUCGCCAAUGCGAUCGCCGAGAGCGAGGACACGGCGCUGCUCAACCAGCUGCUGCCGACCAUGAACCUCGAGAUGAGAGGCAACGUCACCGUGGCGAUGCUGCACAACAUAAAGUCGAAGCGGGAGCCGUCCCAUCCGCAAGCCCACUCCACUGCCUCGAGAAGCGCGUCGGUCAAGCCCGAGACAUCGCACGAGAAAUCUCAACGCCAGGAUGUGAAGCAGGAACGGGUCUCCGUCCACGGCCCAACAAACAAGACGGAGAUGUGCAACGAGGAAGCCGACACUCCCGCCGCAACUUGAGCAGCUGGAGAGUACGCAGUCCAAUAUCCACAGACUCUCUUCACAACAUCCUCAAGCUCUCCUACUUGCGCAUACCCACCGCCCGAUAACCACGCAAGGCAGCGCGACGUGGUCCUGUCUUACCCACCCCGCAACCACAAAGGCGCAGAAUAUCGAGACUCAGUACGGCAGCGCGGCAAUGCUCUGAGAGCAAACGAAACUCUUCUUCCGGCUUAAAUCGCCUGCCCUCUUUGGGUCCUCUUUUCCGGGAUGUUAAUCAGGAGGUUCGGCAUGGUACGGCAGGCUUGCCCUUCUUUUCUUUGUCCACUACUCUAGACUCAGGCGAAGCACGACCAUCCCGCAUGCCUCAUUACAGUUUUUGUUAUACAGAUAUCUCUAUUCCAUCGAUCACCUUCCCAAGUAGACUUGUCCAGAGCCAAGUGUGAUGCCAUUCAGGUUGUGAAAACCCACGGAUUUC